AGCGGUUCGCGCAGGUGCACAGCCCUUAAGGAGUCCAGGGUCCUCUCCCUGCUGUCAGGCUUGCGUCCCCUUCCCGGACCCUGGUCACGGCUGCGGGUGACCACUUUUCCCAGCCCCCGUGGGCGAGUGGCAGGCAGCAUGGAGAGUGCUGAAGGCCACGGCCAGGCUGAGGAGUCCCCAGCGCCGGAGGUGGGAGCUGCCGGCGCCUCUCCACAGGGGCCUCGGGGAGAACAGGGCCAGGUUCUUUAUCAGGAAGAAACCAUUGAUCUGGGUGGGGACGAGUUUGGGUCUGAAGAGAAUGAGACGGUGUCAGAAGACUCUGGCAACCUGGUGGAUAAGCUGAACGAGCACAUGAUGGAGAGCGUCCUCAUCUCGGACUCUCCCAAUCACAGCGAGGACGACGGGGCUGAUCUGGGUUGCCUGCAGGAUGUCAUGGAGCCCGGAGAAAGCAGCGCUGACCACAGGCUGGAAAACAUCACAGACAGAGAAGAAAUGGACACUCUGAGUAAUGACAGUGAAACUGAUGGGGACACUACUCCUAAGGACGUCUCAGACGUGACCUCUGAUAGCAGAGCCUCAUUGAAAGAAGACUCAGCACAAGAAGAAGUAAAAGGCACGUCCGUGUUUGAGAGCAACGAUGCAGAGGACUCGCUGUCCAGAGAUGCCGAGGCUCCCCCAGAAGAGCAGGUCUCGGGGACGCCCUCCAGCCAGGCCUCUCCCAGAGAGGAGCCUGUCCCCAUGUGCACCAUUUUCAGCAAGUCCAGCUCAGCUCCUUCACAGCCUCACCUGUUCUUGCACGACGGCUUCGAGUCACAGAUGGUGAAAUCGCCCAGCUUCAGCAGUGCCAGUGAGACUUCGGCCAAGACCCCCCCACAGGUGGUCCAGCCUAGUCCCAGCCUGAGUAAAUUUUUUGGAGAUACGAUCAGCACUAACUCCUUAGCCUCCGACUUCUUUGAUUCCUUCACUACUUCCACAUUCAUUUCUGUCAGUAACCCCAACGCAGGUGCUUCCAUUCCAGAAAAACUGUCUUCACUCCCUGCUUCCCCCGACUCCACUGACCCUUCUUGCUCUGCAGGAGUUGAAAGGUCAGAGUCGGGUGUUUCCUCAGCUUCUCUGGAAAUUCCCGAGUCUCCAAAACCGUUUUCACAGAUACAGGCUGUAUUUGCAGGGAGCGAUGACCCCUUUGCCACCGCUCUGAGCAUGAGUGAGAUGGACCGGAGGAAUGACGCCUGGCUUCCCAGCGAGGGGACCCGGGACAUCCUGAUGGCAGUGGCCACCCAGCAGUACAGCACUGUGUUCGUAGACAAGGAGAACCUGACCAUGCCAGGGCUCAGGUUCGACAACAUUCAGGGAGAUGCAGUUAAAGACUUGAUGCUUCGCUUUCUGGGUGAAAAAGCUGCAGCAAAGAGACAAGUCCUGAAUGCCAGCUCCGUGGAGCAGUCUUUCGUGGGCCUGAAGCAGCUCAUUAGCUGCCGAAACUGGAGAGCAGCAGUGGACCUCUGCGGGCGCCUCCUCACAGCCCACGGCCAGGGCUAUGGCAAGAGCGGGCUGCCCACCAGCCACACCACAGAUUCACUGCAGCUUUGGUUUGUGAGGCUAGCACUGCUGGUGAAGUUGGGCCUUUUCCAGAAUGCAGAAAUGGAAUUUGAACCCUUUGGAAAUCUUGAUCAGCCAGACCUUUAUUACGAAUACUACCCUCACGUGUACCCCGGGCGCAGAGGCUCCAUGGUCCCCUUCUCGAUGCGCAUCUUACACGCAGAGCUGCAGCAGUACCUGGGGAACCCACAAGAGUCGUUGGACCGGCUGCACAGGGUGAAGACCGUCUGCAGCAAGAUCCUGAGCCACUUGGAGCAUGGCUUGGCUGAAGACGGCAGCAUCAGCAGCAUGACCCCAGAGCACAGGCAAGCGUCUCUCCAGCUAUGGCGGUCGCGUCUGGGCCGGGUGACAUACUCCAUGGCCAACUGUCUGCUCCUGAUGAAGGACUAUGUGCUCGCCGUGGAGGCUUACCGCUCGGUCGCCAGGCACCUCCCAGAGCAGGAGCCGCAGCUACUCAGCGGCAUCGGCCGCAUCUCCCUGCAGAUUGGAGACAUAAAAACAGCCGAAAAGUAUUUUCAAGAAGUUGAGAAAGUGGCACAGAAAUUGGAUGGACUGCAGGGCAAAAUAAUGGUUUUAAUGAACAGAGCUUUCCUGCACCUGGGGCAGAACAACUUUGCAGAAGCCCACAGAUUCUUCACGGAGAUUCUGAGGCUGGACCCCACAAACACAGUGGCCAACAACAACGCGGCUGUGUGUCUGCUGUACCUGGGCAGGCUCAAGGACUCCCUGCGACAGCUGGAGGCCAUGGUCCAGCAGGAUCCCGGGCGCUGUCUGCACGAGAGCGUGCUCUUCAACCUGACCACCAUGUACGAGCUGGAGUCCUCACGCAGUGUGCAGAAGAAGCAGGCCCUGCUCGAGGCCGUCGCCAGCAGGGAGGGGGACAGCUUCAACACACAGUGCCUCAAGCUGGCAUAGUCACUGCUUUCUGGAACACCCAGCAUCUCCGUAGACUGUGUACAUGGAGCUAACGUAUUAAUGCAGCUUGAGGGGCUUAAUAAAACAUCUUUUCCCUG